UGAUAGGAGCGUGUGUUUCACGUCAGUUUGAAGCGGUAGCGGUGGAGCAGAGGAAGGCAUCAUGUCCGGGCGGGGGAAGCAGGGUGGUAAGGCGCGCGCCAAAGCCAAGUCACGGUCGUCGCGGGCAGGGCUGCAGUUUCCUGUGGGCCGCGUGCACCGACUGCUGCGUAAGGGCAACUACGCGGAGCGGGUGGGUGCCGGCGCCCCGGUGUAUUUGGCGGCCGUGCUGGAGUACCUGACGGCCGAGAUCUUGGAGCUGGCAGGCAAUGCGGCUCGCGACAACAAGAAGACGCGCAUCAUCCCGCGGCACCUGCAGCUCGCCAUCCGCAACGACGAGGAGCUCAACAAGCUGCUGGGCAAGGUGACGAUCGCGCAGGGCGGUGUGCUGCCCAACAUCCAGGCCGUGCUGCUGCCCAAGAAGACUGAUAGUCAUAAGGCAAAGAGCAAGUAAAAGCUGAGGAUGGUGUUCUUCUCAAGUUAAUACAAAGGCUCUUUUUAGAGCCACCCACUUUCUCAUAAAAAGAGCUGUAGGUCCU